CAUCGGCCCCACUCGAAAUUUAUAUACAACACCGUUUCAGACCCACACCAUACGAAUACGACGUCGUCUCGAGCCACACUUACAUGAAUACGACUCGUGAAAGUGCAUCGCCGGUUAAAUAAUUUUUUUUUCGUCUUCAAACAAAUUAAAAGAAGACUCUCUCUUCACUCCAUUUUCUCUCGCAUUUCAAAUUUGAUUUCCUUAUUUAGAUUCUUAAGGUCGGCGAGGCGAUUCUCUAGUCCACGGCGUUUCCCUUGCUCCGCCGUCAGCUUCUCUACUCAGAUUCUGCUACGUUUCGCCGGUAAACUUCUCCGUCCUCAUUUUCGCUCCUUCACGCAUGGCGAGCAAUACUUUGAAAGAUUUGAAUACUCUUCCUGUAACUGAGAAGAUGAGUGAAUGUAAACCAAGCUUAGCCAAGCCUUGUGUUGGGAAAAUUAAUGGAAAGUCUGAAGACAGACCUCUACCAAGCUCUGCUGCUGCUUUGGAUCCUAGUGUUGUGGAAACAGAGAAAGCUGCCGUGGAAGUUGAGUAUAUUGAAUCUGAGAACUUGGAUGAUGUUGACGAUGCUGAUGCAGUUCUCAAGACGGUUGUAGCUGGUCUUGACUCCAAGGAUUGGGUAUCAGUCUGUGAUGCUCUUAACAACGUUCGUCGGCUUUCAAUAUUCCACAAAGAAGCAAUGCUGCAUAUGCUAGAAAAAGUGAUCCCACUAGUUGUGAAAUCACUGAAAAAUCCAAGAAGCGCGGUGUGUAAAACCGCAUGCAUGACAUCUGCAGACAUCUUCAGCGCGUAUAACAACGAUAUAACAGAUCUGUUGGAUUCUCUCCUUACUCAACUCCUCCUCAAGUCUUCCCAAGAUAAAAGGUUUGUCUGCGAGGCAGCAGAGAAAGCUUUAACAUCAAUGACCAAAUACGUUUCCCCAACUUUGCUGUUACCAAAGCUGCAACCUUGUCUCAAGAACAGGAAUCCUCGGAUCCGUGCAAAAGCAUCGUUGUGCUUUUCCAGAAGUGUUCCCCGAUUGGGCGUUGAAGGUAUUAAAGAAUAUGGAAUCGACAAAUUGGUUCAAGCAGCCGCGUCUCAGCUUACCGAUCAGCUCCCUGAAUCCCGCGAGGCUGCACGUACCGUCCUACUAGAACUUCAGUCCGUUUAUGAAAAAGCUCAUCCUAUCAUCAAAGACGAGACAUCAUCACCAUCAUCUUUGCCAGAGGAAGAGCAAACCCCAGAGGCAGUUACUUGGGAAAUGUUCUGUCAGUCGAAGCUGUCGGCUCUAAGCGCACAAGCCGUGCUUCGUGUCACCAAUGUCGUGGCAGUGCCUGCUCGGGAGGGUUUGGUUACUGCAGGUUCAUCUUCUUCAUCACAGCUAUAAGCCUUCUCUACUACAUUUUGCAUUUUAUUAAAACGUUCGCUAUGGAUCAUACGGUACAUGGUAUUCUCCGGCUAUGAUCUACCACAUUGGCAAGUUAUGGACCGGUAAAAAGAGUGAAACCCGGUUAUUAAAAAUCUUUGGUUAUUUUUCCUUUUGUGAGUGAGAUUAUUUUCUCAUCAGUUUUCAUGAGUGACCUUUUUCUUAUGUGUAUAUAUCUAUACCAAGAUUUGGUAAGAUGGUCUUAGUCUUUUGGUUUAAUGCAAUUGGUCGGUUUCUUUGACGA